AUGUUGGAAGAUCGAUCACCAGAUUCGUGUUUGAUCUCAAGGGUUUUCUCAAGCUCUCGCAUCUCCGAAUCAAACUGGUCAAAGUCUUUCAUGUAUCCAGAGGACGACGAUGCGAACAACAACAACAAGCUCACCACCAAUGGCAAGAGAGCUCUCGAGGUCGCUGGUGAGAUUCGGCAGACGAAAUCACUCAAGCUAAUGGGUUUCUCGAUUAAGUACGAUAGCGAUUCCUCUGACUACACACUAAGCAGCGGCGAUGGCGAUGGCGAUGGCGAUGGCUCGACGAGUCAGGAGCAAGAACAGUCCGACUCUAACAACAACAACAACGGCGGUGAAGGAGAUUCCUCCGAUACGCAUUCUCUCAUCAACGAGAUCGGCCGUGACAACUCCAUAGACUGCCUCGUCCGCUGCUCGAGGUCCGACUACGGCUCGAUCGCUUCCUUGAACAGGAACUUCCGUUCUCUGGUGAAGAGCGGAGAUAUCUACAGACUAAGGAGGCAGAACGGGUUUGUGGAGCAUUGGGUUUACUUCUCGUGCCAGCUCUUGGAAUGGGUUGCGUUUGAUCCUGUUGAGAGAAGGUUUAUGCAGUUGCCUACAAUGCCUUCGAGUGUCACCUUCAUGUGUGCAGAUAAGGAGUCUCUAGCCGUUGGCACUGACCUUCUCGUCUUGGGGAAAGACGAUUUCGCUUCCCAUGUAAUAUACAGAUACAGCUUAUUGACUAAUUCUUGGUCUUCUGGUAUGAAGAUGAACUCUCCGAGGUGUUUGUUCGGAUCUGCGAGCCUCGGGGAGAUUGCGAUAUUCGCAGGGGGUUGUGACUCUCAGGGGAAGAUUCUUGAUUUCGCUGAGAUGUACAACUCGGAGCUUCAGAGCUGGAUAACGCUUCCGAGGAUGAACAAGCCGAGGAAGAUGAGUUCCGGUGUGUUCAUGGACGGGAAGUUCUAUGUGAUCGGUGGAAUCGGCGGUGCUGAUUCGAAAGUGUUGACUUGUGGAGAGGAGUACGAUUUGGAGACCAAGAAGUGGACUGAGAUCCCUGACUUGUCGCCUCCGAGAAGCCGUGCUGAUCAAGGUGCUGGUGGGAUGUCGCCGGCGGCUGAAGCGCCGCCUCUUGUGGCGGUUGUGAAUAACCAGUUGUAUGUUGCGGAUCACGCGGAUAUGGAAGUGAGGAAGUAUGAUAAGGAGAAGAAGAAGUGGUUGACGAUUGGGAGAUUGCCGGAGAGAGCUGGCUCGGUUAAUGGUUGGGGUUUGGCGUUUAGGGCUUGCGGGGAGAGGUUGAUUGUGAUUGGUGGACCGAAGUACGCCGGAGGAGGGUUUAUAGAGCUGAAUUCUUGGAUACCAAGCGAAGGUGGUCCACCGCAGUGGACGUUGCUUGAUAGGAAACAUUCUCCUAAUUUCGUUUACAAUUGUGCGGUAAUGGGUUGCUGA